UCCAUUUCAAUUUAUUAAUUAUAACGCGUCCUCAGUGUUACAGCUACUGUUGAUAUGAUCCGACCAUUUCUGAUUCUGUGUGUCAUAUUUUUGCACUGCAAUGGCGAGUUCCUGUCAAACAAAAUCCGUAAAUUCCCUGAUGGCUUCCAGUUUGGUGCCUCCACUUCUGCUUAUCAGAUAGAAGGUGGAUGGUAUGAAGACGGCAAAGGACUAUCAAUAUGGGAUAUUGCUACCCAUACAGAUCCAUCACAAAUAAAGGACAAAAGCACUGGAGACGUAGCUGCUGAUUCAUAUCACCUCUACAAACGUGAUGUAGAAAUAGCUAAAGAGCUUGGCCUAGACUUCUAUAGAUUUUCAGUGUCUUGGCCAAGAAUACUUCCAAAAGGGUUUUCCGAACAAAUCAACCAAGCUGGGAUAGAUUAUUAUAACAAUUUAAUAGAUGAACUACUCAAGAAUAAUAUCAAACCUUUUCUGACUAUGUACCACUGGGAUCUUCCUUAUGAACUGCAAAAAUUGGGAGGCUGGGUCAAUCCUUAUAUUAUAGACUGGUUUGUCGAUUAUGCCAAGGUUUUGUACGACAACUUUGGAGACAGAGUUAAACUUUGGACCACUAUAAACGAACCCAAACAGAUCUGCUAUGAAGGCUAUGGGUCUACAUUAAAAGCGCCAAUGCUGAAUGUAACUGGUGUAGCAGAAUACAUAUGUGCAAAAAACGUAUUGCUGGCACAUGCGAAAGCGUAUCAUUUAUAUGAUGAACAUUAUAGAAAAAUACAGAAUGGUACUAUUGGUAUUUCAAUCAGUUGUACGUGGUUUGAACCAGCUUCUGAUACAGUGGAUGAUCAUCAAGCAGCUAUAGACGCAAGGCAGUUUGAUUGGGGACAAUACGCGCAUCCAAUAUUUUCAAAGGCUGGAGACUUUCCAUUGGAAUUAAAGAGAAAUAUCGCUCUGAAAAGUGCUGAACAGGGAUAUCCUAGAUCCAGAUUACCAGAAUUAUCAGCUUCUGAAAUAUGUCUUAUUCGGGGGUCUUCGGAUUUCUUUGGUGUCAACAGUUACACGACAAAGUUGACGUAUAGAGACGCAUCGCUGGAAGGAAUGUAUGCUGUACCUUCGUAUAUGGAUGAUAUGGCCGCUGUUAUAAUCAGUAAUCCGGCAUGGCCUCAAGCGCAAUCUACUUGGUUACAGGAAGUACCUUGGGGUUUUCAUAAAAUACUAAAAGAAAUUAUGAAGCUGUAUGACAAUCCUCCUGUAUACAUAACAGAGAAUGGAUGGUCAACAUCCGGGGGUUUGCUUGAUGAAGAUAGAAUCCGAUACUAUAGGAAUUACUUGAAUGUCCUCCUUGACGCAAUUGAGGAGGGCUGUGACGUCAGAAAAUUUACUGCCUGGACGCUAAUAGACAAUUUUGAAUGGAAGAAUGGUUACACUGAAAAGUUCGGUUUGUAUGAAGUGGACUUUUCGAGUGAAAAACAUAAUCGCACUCCAAGAAAAUCAGCGUACAUUUACAAAGAAAUAAUUCGAACAAGAACUUUAGAUCCUACAUACGAACCUGAAAAAUUCUCUGUUUAAAAUCAUGUGAAGCAUAUAAUAAUAUGUAUGUAUUACGAUGUCAUGAAAAAUAAACUUACAGAUUAUUUUUU